GAUAUUCUAGGUAUAUUACGAACCUUCAUUUAUUGCUAUCGCGCUACAUCAGUUCAUAUCAUAACUGCAACCAUGGAGGAGAGAACCAUAGUUACCAUCCCCGACUUAUACAAGUGUUUCUUGACCCAAGAACCUAGGUUUAACAAAGGUUACCAAGCUGCUAAACUUGAGUCGGAGCAAUGGCUUGCAAAAACAUGCGACUUUGCUCCUAGUAUGAGCAAAAAGGUCAACGCCUGCGAUUUCUCCUUUUUCAUCUCCAUCGCGGCACCAGAUGCGCCUCCAGACAGGCUGAAGACUGCAUGCGAUUGGGGAAAUUGGGUCUUUCCGUUCGAUGACUUAUUCGACUCAGGCGAGCUAAGGACCGACCUUUCAACUUCUGAACGUGUUCUCGAUAGCCUCAUGGCCAACAUGACGGGCAAUCCCUUCAUCGGAUACAAGCUUCCUAUCGUUAAGGCACAUGAUGACAUCUACAACCGGUUUGAAAAAGGCUCCUCCUACGGUACUCAGAGACGAUUUGUUCGUGCUAUGCAGCACUACACGCUAGGUGUAGCGCACCACGUCGGGCACUUCACUACCAAUCACAUCCCGUCCUUAGAGGAGAUGCUAUCAACACGGCAGCUAUCGGUUGGCGUCGCGCCACUCUACCAUCUCGUUGAGUAUGCACAUGAGAUUGUGCUUCCAGACGAGGUCUUCGAGCAUCCCGUGAUUCAAACACUAGAGCGCCUUGGUGCUGACUUCGUCAUUCUAUCCAAUGACAUACUCUCUUACCGCAAAGAAGAGUGCGAGGGAUGUCCUUUCAACAUGACCGCUGCCUGUCGGUUAGCCGGGCACUCAGCACAAGAAGCUUUCGAUAUAUUGGAUUCCCUGCUUGUGCAGCGUUACAUUCAAUGGGAUCAAGCCAUUCAAAAUCUGCCUAGUUGGGGUGCAGAUAUCGACGGUGAGGUCCGCCGGUACAUUGAUGGCAUUCAGAAUGUUGUCCAGGCCAACAUCAGCUGGAGCUUCCGCUCAGAGCGAUACCUUGGCAAGAAUGCCGUUGAAGUGCGACGCACCCGUAAGAUCGACGUUAUGACGACUCCUCCCUACUUGGGGAUUAUGGAUAGUACCAGACUCCCAGUGGCUACUGAAAAACUACCGAUACACAACCAGCAAACAGUAGAUAUUCGAAAUUAGAUGAUUACUUCGAGGCAGAGCAGGUGGGAAGACUUUUUUUUAAUAUUCUAUAGUUGUAUAAAAAAAUGUGUUUAAUAUCAUUAUAGAAUCAUACAGUAAUUUGAGCAAAGCAUGGAAGGCAAUAUAUACCCGUUAACAGU